CGGGAGUCCUUAAGACACACAGGAACACCCAUUGAAUUUUUUAUUUUUUUUUAGGGGGGAAAGGAAGAAAUAUCAGAUUUCCCAGCCAAAUUAGGGCAUUCAAAUAUUGUUCAACCCGCCGCUGGAUACGCCAUUAAUUCAUAAAACACAUUAACACGACGGAGUCACUUCAGUGAAUGUGGUGAGGAGCAGAGGAAAGCCAGCAUGCUGAUAAAAGUAAAGACCCUCACUGGCAAGGAGAUAGAGAUUGACAUAGAGCCCACAGAUAAGGUGGAGCGGAUUAAAGAGAGGGUGGAGGAGAAAGAGGGGAUCCCUCCCCAGCAGCAGAGGCUCAUCUACAGUGGAAAACAAAUGAACGAUGAGAAAACGGCAGCAGACUAUAAGAUCCAGGGCGGCUCCGUCCUCCAUCUGGUCCUCGCUCUCCGAGGAGGAGGUGGAGGACAGUCCCUCGGCCGUCCCAGAAGCCUCUGCUCCAAGCCUGUGUUGUAGCCGCCAUGACCAAACUUGCCUUAGCAUUCGCCUACAUCGAUUGGAAACACUGCAGCUACAGCCUUCAGCCGGCCUGUCGGGUCGCCUGGCUGCACUGUAGGCAACACAGAGCUAUCGAAAAGGAGUUUGAUCAGGUUUUACUCACAGCAGCCAAGUUGCCGCCUCUCCCCUCUAGCCAAUAUCAUGUUGGCUGUAAAUGUGUGACACUUUCCUCCCUCUCUAUAACAUUGUGUUUACAGCCUUUUCCACACUGAGAAACGUCACAUGCUAAAGUCGGGCUGGCAGAAAAUACAAAGUAACUCACAAAUCGAAAGAAAUCAGCGGCUUUGAGGUGGCACUGCAGAGCUAAGGUGGCUGUCGCUGAAAGCUCUAAUGUUCAAGUCAAGGCUGCGUUUUUUCCGCAGAGGUGGUCUCUGUUCCACUGGCUCACAGUGGAGCAGAGACGAAACAGCACCAAGAUGCUUUAGGGAAACAUGCAGUCUUUGCCUUUUGACACAGAUUCCAGUUCAGUUUUUUUGUUCCUGCUGCUGAGGCACGUCAUGAGACCAGGGUUGUGUGUCAUUCUCCUCUUCAAGUUGCCCCUGUUUUCUUUUUUUUUCUAGAUAAUUAUCUUUGACCUCUGGGUAUAUCAGCAUAUCACAAGUCAUUUUCUCUUGUCCCAUACCCAGAUUUGUGAAAAAGUUAAGGGCAUGUUCAACAGGAUUUACAACUAUCUAUAUCUAUAAAACAAGCAAAUGCAUUGCAAAGUGGGGAAAAACCUCAUCCCGCUAAUUUUGAAUCAUGUAACGUUAUUAUUUGCUUCGUUUUAAAAGCUGCGUAGCUGAAUAAAUGCUGAGCUCAUAAUGUGUCGUAUGGCAUCAUUUUGUUUGAAUCCCAGCUUGCAGGCCGCUGUGCUCUGCCGGCAUCACUUCAGUAUUGUGAGGUGACAAGGAAUGUGCCCUGUGUAAAUCUCUGAAAACGUAGUGCUAAGUGAUUUUUUUUUCUUUUCAUUGUGAGAUGAAGCAAGCAACUGUUAAUUUCAACAUCUGUAAAUGCUGUCAAACUAGCACCCAUAUCCCCUACGUCCCUCCAGAGAUUUUAAGUUGACGGUGUAUACAAGAGUAUGUGAAAAUGUUUGAAACUGACUAAUGCUGUGGAUUACUGUGUCAGUAGAAUAAACUUAAUAAUCACAAAUGUG